GAAAGGUGUAAAGUUCAAUUAAGCUGUUUUUUGCACAUUUUCUAUUUUAAGUGCAUUUCUACCUCUAUUGAAGUCUUAUAGGGUACAUUUAAGUCACACUUACAUUUGAGUAAGUGUUGAAAGUUCAUUAAAAGGUUUAACUGCAUUUUGCUGUUUAUAAAAGUGAGUCACUUUAAAGUAGUGAUUACUAAUGUCUAAGUCUAGUGAGCCUACAAUUCAGGUUAGGGAAAGUGCAGAGUCCCAAUACGAAGCUGUGGAUAACACUGAAGCACAGCAGCUAAGAAGAGGUCAAAGAACUAAAACUCCUACAGAAAAGGGUAGAGAAAUGCAAGAAGAACAAAUGAAAACGCUCCUACAAAAGUUCAACUACAAUUAUGAGAAAUGGAGAACACAAGUGAAAACAGCUAAGCGGCCAUUAUCUCAAACAACAGAGUCUUUGUCUGAGGAUUUGCUUAAUGACAUAAUUCAUGAUGUCACAAGUUUGUCAGAAGAUGUCAAACAUGUUUAUGAGGAUCUGCGUACAAUCUCAACUCCAGACCAGGACACGCGUCGAAGAGUGGAUCUGUGUGCAGAGAUUUCUAAGUUUGUCAUCAUCAGAGCCUCAAGUCUCCUCGAUGGAAAGGUUCCAGAAGGAGAAAAGAAAGAUUGGCCUGAAGCAGGUUCUCUCUUUAACUCAAGCACCUACACUUCUUCUUCGAAAAGCAACUCCAAGCAAUCGAACCAGUCUUCUGUGAAACGACAAGAAGCUGCUGCUGAGGCUGCUGCAAGCCAAGCUGUUCUGAAAGUGUUACAAGAACAAGAAAGAGAACAUUUGGAGAUUCAGUGCCUGGAAGCAGAAGCUAAAAGAAAGAUAGCUGAUCAAGAGACUGCAGCCAUGAGGCGUCGUUCAGAAAGAGAAUCAGAAGAGUUAAGACAUCGUUCAGAAAGAGAAUCAGAAGAGUUAAGACAUCGUUCAGAAAGCGAGGAAGAGAAAGCUAAAAUUAAAGCUUGUCUAGAAGAAGAGCAUGUAGCUCUACAACAGACUCUGGAUGACAAACGGAGAAAAAUACAGCAUUUGGAAGCAGUAAAAGAUUUAAAUGCAGCACGAGCAAGAAUGCAAGUGUAUGACCAAGAAGAGUCCAUUAAAGAAGAAUGGAAAGACGUGCUAGAGAGGGAUCUGGUAAGUAACCCAGUGCCUGCUCCCACAAGUCCUCAACGACAGGUUAUCACUACUUCCUCAAGUGAAAGUACAGCAGAGCUUGUUAAGGUGCUAGCUGGUGCCUUAACUGCCAACAGAAUUCCAGUUCCUGAACCCUCAGUAUUCAGUGGGGAUGCAUUGAAAUACAAUUACUGGAAACUUUCAUUUGAAAUACUGAUUGACCAGAAGAACAUCCAAGACAAAGAAAAUAUAUACUACUUAAGGAGAUAUGUUGGUGGACAAGCUAAGAAAGCACUUGAUGGUUAUUUCCUGCUCGGAACCAAAUCUGCCUAUGUUGCAGCAUGGGAGAUUUUGGAGGAGAGAUAUGGGAAUCCAUUUACAAUUGCAAAAGCCUAUAGAGACAAGCUUCAAUCGUGGCCCAAGAUAGGAUCUAAGGACAGCUUUGAGCUCAGAGAUUUUGCAGACUUUCUCCGUAGUUGCGAGGCUGCCAUGGUCCAUAUCAAGGCAUUAGAGAUCUUGAAUGACUGUAAUGAAAACAGGCAAAUACUUUCAAAAUUACCAGAUUGGCUAACUGCAAGCUGGAAUCGGAAGGUUACUGAAGUCCAAGAAGACAGUAAACAAUUUCCCUCCUUCAGCCAAUUUGUAAAGUUUUUGACAAGAGAAGCAAAGAUUGCCUGUAACCCUGUCACAUCAUUGCAAUCACUGAAGCAAGGUGAAGCUGAAAACACCAAAUCUCAAAGACAACAAAGCUUUGCAGCAAAGACACUGACCACAAGUUCAGACGAAAACACUGUCUUAACAUGUAUUCUCUGUAAGAAGAAUUGGCAUUCCUUGCACAAUUGCAGGAAGUUCAUGGAGCAAGCUGUCCCAGACAGAAUCAAGUACAUUCAAGCUCAGAAGCUAUGCUUUGGAUGUCUCGAGACUGGCCAUCAGUCAAGGAGCUGCCACAGUAGGAGUGUAUGUGAAGUGUGCAAGAAGCAACAUCCUACCUGUCUGCAUGAAGAGCGUACAAAUCGAGAAAGAUACAAAGAAAGACUUCAACCAACACAACAAGAAGAAAGAACCACAGCGGCUAUUUCCAACAGAGUAAUACUUGGUGAAGGUAAUACACAAACAGCUGCUAUAAUUCCAGUCUGGCUUUCAUCCACAUGUCAACCAGCAGAAGAAAUCCUUGUAUACGCUCUGUUGGAUUCUCAAAGUGACACAACAUUUGUGCUAAGUGAAGUAGCUGAGGCUUUGGAAGCAAGUAAACAACAAGUCAAGCUCAAGCUAUCUACUAUGACCUCAAGAACCACAGUUGUAAGCGCUCAAAGAGUGAACAACUUACAAGUCAGAGGCUUUUACUCCGGUAAAAAGAUUCCCUUACCACCAGUCUAUACACGUGACUUCAUUCCAGCCAACAGAACUCACAUACCAACAGAUGAAACUGCAAAAGCUUGGUCUCAUCUCGAGCACCUCCAAGGAGAGAUUGCACCUCUGCAAGACUGUGAAGUGGGUCUGCUCAUAGGGUACAACUACUCACAAGCUUUACUUCCAAGAGAAGUUGUGUCUGGUAAAGAAAAUCAACCUUACGCACAACGUACAGACCUUGGAUGGAGUAUUGUUGGAAACAUGAAUCCCUGUCUAGAUUAUGGAGACGCCAUCGCAUAGUAGUAAGACAAGUGACACCAGGUGUAGAACCUUCUCUCAGUCUCAAAAAUGAAGUACACUAUGUGAGCCGAACCAAAGUUAAAGACAAUCCAGCAGAUCAUGCCUCAAGGUUUAACUGCAGAGCAACUGAAGACUUCAAACUGGUUCACAGGACCAAAGUUUAUUUGGCAAAAGGACCUACCUGUAAGAGAAUGCAAGGUGGGAGAAAUCAAUAAGGAUGAUCCUGAACUUCGCAAGGAAGACGGGUCAUUAUUGGAUCGCUUACAGAAAUGCUCUGAUUGGUCAAGAGCAGUUGCAAGACUGAAACGACAUGCCAAAGAACACCAAGGUGUGAAACAAAGAACCAAUGAAUGUACAACCAUUCAAAGGCGAAAGACCAAAGUUACCUGACAACAAGACGUGUGCAGUACACCGCCUAAAUUGUCUUGAAAGAAGACUAAAGAAGUCUUUCCAGGGUCAGAUAGUAGGGUCAGAAAACUUAAAUUACUGGUUAGCCAAAGCACAUUUGACAAAAAGGGUAAACCCACAAUUAGGACUGUGUUCCUUGAAAGACCUGCACACAAGGUUGUUACUCUGCUUGAGGCAGAAUAAGGUGUUUAAUGUGUUGCCUGAGAUUCCAUGUUAAGUUGUUAUCUACAGGUAAUGUCUAUUUCAAAGGGUAAAGCAUGUACUUUGUACAAUAAUCUUUUGUGUGAAAUCUCACGAGUAAUGUGUGAUUUGGUGGGAGUGUAAGUGCAGCCUUGACAUGUUCAUAAUUUAACUGUAAUGUGUAUUUUCUAAGUGUAAUAAUAAUUAUUGUUGUAAUGUUUCAUGCGUGCAAUAUUUCGUCUUUUAUUUUGA